AUGAGUAUCGUUCUUCCCUCAAAUUCGCGGCAUAAAAUCAACACGCCGUCGCGAGUAACCCUCCCAGAGGACCUCAUCAUCGAAAUCCUAUCUCUGCUUAAUGUGGAAUCACUCACGCAACUCAAAUGUGUGAGCAAAUCGUGGAACUCAAUCAUCUCCGACUCCUUCUUCGUCAAAAUGCACCUUGAUAAAUCUUCACGAAUUCCACACGUCGGCCUAUUCUUUUCGCACCAUGGUAAAUUUGUCUCACUUCAUAUCUUCCCCAUAAGCUGUUUACUUGAGAAUCCGUAUAUCUUCAAAAAUUAUUCUAAAUACCAAUUGAUGAAAUUGCGUCCUUUCUACAAUGUUAUUGGUUCAUGCAAUGGAUUGAUAUGUUUACUAAGUUCUUGUAAGAACGAAUUUCAUCUAUGGAAUCCAGCAACCAACGUGCCAUUCUCGGAGAACCUAGGCUCUUUUCGCCUUUCUUUUCAGCAUAAGAAAACCUAUUUUAGAUUCUCAUUUGGUUAUGAUAAUUUAACCAACAAGUAUAAGUUGGUUGCGUUCUCUUCCAAAGAGGUGAGAGUUUUCACUUUCGGCCAUAAUGUUUGGAAGAAUAUUCAGUUUUUUUCUGCCUAUCCCUAUCAUUACCGUAAGAAUAACGGUGUCUAUUUGAGUAAUAGUUUUAAUUGGUUUGCUCUUCUCAAUAACAAAUGUUUUUAUAACAAGGAUCUUAACGUUGAGCAACUCGUGAUUAUCUCACUUGAUUUGGCAACAGAGACAUAUACACAGUUUCAGCUCCCUCGAGAGUUUGAUGAAUUACCGUAUCUUCCGCCAAUUGUUUGCAAGCUGUUGGACAGUCUAUGUUUUUAUCAUUACACUAAGGACGGUGGUUUUGUUAUAUGGCAGAUGAAGGAAUUUGGAGUCAAAAAAUCUUGGACUAAAUUCCUUCAAUUUGAUUAUCAUUCUCUAUUUGAUUGCUCCGGAUGUACGGUUCAUUUGUUGCCAUUACACGUUUUCGAGAAUGGAGAUAUGCUGAUAUUGGAAAUCAAUAAUGGACAUCUAAUUCAUUAUAAUAGGAGAGAUAAUGAAGUAGUGAAAACUACAUAUAUCAUUGACAUAAGUCUGUCUGCUAGCAUCCCAUAUGUUGAAAGUUUAGUUUCAACAUUUUAA